AGUGUGAAACCGCCUUAAGGGAUCGGCACAGGAAGAAUAAAGUUUGCUAAAAAUAUUGAGGAAGUGUGGCUAAAAGGAUCAACGAGAGUCUUUCGAGGACGACACAGAAGAAUCGAAUUAAGUUGUUUGAGGUCUAGUUUUGCGGUUUAUAAAAGUGAGAUUCUAGCGUCGGACGUCUAAGUCCAGCUGUUAUGGACAUGGUGAUCUCGAAUUUGCAACAGCAGCGUCAAGUGACGGAGCAAUUGCGCCGUGAAGCCGCCUUAAAACGGAUCACGGUGAGCAAAGCCGUCGAAGACAUCAUGAAGUACAUCACCGAACACGAGCAGGAGGAUUGUCUGCUGGUGGGUUUCUCAUCGCAGAAGUCCAAUCCCUUUCGUGAAAAAAGCACCUGUAUUGUACUUUAAGCCUGCGUGCUUGAAAUCAGAGGAGCAACAUGAGUGAUAAUACCACUUUGAGCUUCCUGUGUGUUGAUUUGAUGCGAGGAUAAAUGUAUUUACAAUUGUAGGUAUAAGUAAGUUUCUAAUUAAAUUAUUUUAUGAUGUAUCUUUAAGAUUGUCUGUUGGAAAUGUGCAGAAUCAGAUUUAUCUCGACAUAUGCUAUUUUAAGAAUGUAUUUUACACAAAGUUUAUAUAGUUUUCAAAAUCUACAGGGUUAGAAUUUCAUGAGCUAUAUAUAUAGAAAUUUACACAUGCCUAACUUUUGUAUAAUCUUACCAAAACUUAUAACAACAGGUUUGGACACUGAACAAUAUAUUUUUAUAUACAUGUAAAAUCUUAAUACAUUUCUAAAAUAUCUUUAUAUAUAUUUAUAUGUAUAUUAAAUUGUCCAAAUAAUUAAUAUCUAGGUGCCACGAUUAGUCUUCAUUUUUCAAGUUAAUAUUAUUAUAAUAAAACAUUAAAAAUUUUAACAAUAGUUUUAGAUAACAGAAAAUGAAAUAUUGUCUCAAGAACUAAUAUUAAUUCUUAAUGUGUGCUCAACUAAAUUUUUAUAGUAUAUAAAAUGCGCAUUGAUUGUAAAUCAGUCUUCUAAUAUGCCUUCAUCAAGUGCCUAUAUCAAGAUUAAAGACUGGUAAUGAAACAAUAUAACGCUUACACAAAUUUGUAAUAUCAGAAUACUUUGUUACUUUAAAAAUAAUGGAAAUUUAACAUACAGGUUCAUAGAUAAUUUAUUGUCAAAUUUUAUUGU